AUGGUUAUGCUCUAUAUGCCAGGCCUCGAUGCAGCAUUGUACUUGUCACCGUUCACAGUACUUCCUAAUUUGAAAAAUUCAUGUGGCAAACCAAGACCAGUAGUCCUUGCUCUCAGGUUUGUUGAAAAUGCUUUCAGUUAUUUCUUCCUUCACAAUGUUGCAUCUCAGCACUCGAUUCUUUUUCUUCUUUUGGUUAGCCGUGUAUCGGAUGGUAUGCAGACAAUAGAUGAGCUACUAACAUGCAAUCAGAAAAGAAAAAGGGAUCAAAACGGUUCAUUUACUCCGAAUUCUCAAUCAGAAGAUGACUGGGAUGGCACACUCAAUCUAUCAUUCACGGAGCUUACAAAAGACAUACGUUUCCCUGUGAGAGACUAUACACUAACCGAUACAGAGCUGGAUGAGAAUAAAUAUCCUGUUGAUAAGCCAGCCAAUUUUGUACCGGUUUUGAGUCUACAUUUCCUUACGACUCGGGCGUCCUUUUCAUUGAAUUGCAUAACAAGAAAGGGGUUUGAACUGACUAGAGUCACUUUGUGGAUCUCCAAGGACAGAUUUAGUGGAACAACGGCUGAAAUAUUUCAGGACGAAUUUGUGAAACUUGUCAAGAAAGAAACCAUUCUUGUUGGACACUCCUUGGAACAUGAUUUAUCAUCGUUGAAUAUAUCACAUGACUUGGUCAUUGACAUGGCGGUAUUAUACAAAUACCCCGAGGGUCUUCUCAUAAAUCUGCUCGGUGGUCCAAAUCUGCUGGGUCUUCGCGUAAACAUUCUCUACGGUAUCUUGCUAAAAGAUUUCUUUUAA